UACAAUCCCGGGAUCACUUGGUAACUUAGAGUACCUUGAGAUACUGGACUUUGGGGGAAAUAAUUUUGUCAGCGAUUCAACAUUGAGCUUCCUCACAUCAUUUACAAAAUGUAGGAAUCUAAGAGCACUCUGGUUUUAUAGAAAUCCAUUGGAUGGUGUUUUGCCUGCAUCAGUUGGUAAUUUCUCAAACUCACUGCAAAAUUUUGACGGAAGUAGUUGUAAAUUAAAGGGUGUCAUCCCUCGAGAAAUUGGUAAUCUUACUGGAGUGACAAGAAUAGAUCUGCAAAACAAUGAGUUGACAGGACAUAUUCCAAAUACUGUCCAAGGAAUGUUGAGCCUUCAAGAACUUUACCUACGUACCAACAAGGUAGAAGGAACCAUACCAGAUGUUAUGUGCAGUUUAAAGAAUCUUGGUGCAUUAGACUUGUCAGGAAAUCAUUUUUCUGGUUCGGUGCCACCAUGCUUAGGGAAUGUUACUAGCUUGAGGGCACUUUAUCUAGAUUAUAAUAGGCUGAAUUCUAGAUUACCUGCAAGCUUUGGGGGCCUUCGUGAUCUCAUAGAAUUCAAUAUUUCAUCAAAUUUAUUGAGUGGGAAAAUUCCCUUUGAGAUUGGAAACUUAAAGGCUGCAGCACUCAUUGAUCUAUCAAAAAAUGAUUUUUCUGGUAAGAUUCCUACCACUCUAGGGGGUCUAGAUAAAUUGAUUAAUCUUUCUCUGGCACAUAAUAGAUUAGAUGGACCUAUUCCAGAUUCAUUUGGCAAAAUGUUAGCAUUAGAAUUCUUGGAUUUAUGCUACAACAAUCUUAGUGGUGAAAUUCCAAAUUCAUUAGAAGCUCUUGUGUAUCUCAAAUACAUGAAUUUCUCAUUCAAUAAACUCAGUGGAGAAAUUCCCACCGGUGGUCCAUUUGCAAAUUUCACCAGCCAGUCCUUCCUAUCCAAUGAUGCACUAUGUGGUGACUCUCGGUUUAUCGUGAAACCGUGCCCAACCAAAUCUACAAAGAAGUCAAGAAGAAAAGUGGUGCUUACAAGUUUAUAUAUUCUAUUAGGGAUCGGAUCACUCUUCGCGUUGGCUGUUGGAUAUGCGGUGUUAAGAUUUAGAAAGACAAAGAAGAAUCCAAGUCAAGUAGAUGUGUCUCUUGUAAAAGAGUAUGAAAGAAUUUCCUAUUAUGAACUUGAACAGGCAACUGAAGGAUUCAACGAAAGCAACUUGCUUGGUUAUGGUAGUUUCAGCACGGUCUACAAAGGGAUACUUAAGGAUGGUACUCUUUUGGCAGCAAAGGUAUUCAAUGUGCAAUUGGAGGGUGCAUUUAAAAGUUUUGACACAGAAUGUGAGAUACUCCGGAAUCUUCGCCAUAGAAAUUUGACCAAAGUCAUCACCAGCUGCUCCAACCUUGAUUUCAAAGCCCUAGUGCUGGAAUACAUGCCCAAUGGGACACUUGAUAAAUGGCUAUAUUCUCACAAUCUGUUCUUGAAUCUAUUGCAGAGAUUAGAUAUAAUGAUCGAUGUGGCAUCUGCAAUGGACUAUCUCCACAAUAGCUAUUCAACACCAGUGGUGCAUUGUGACUUGAAGCCAAGCAAUGUCUUGCUAGAUCAAGAAAUGAUUGGCCAUGUCAGUGAUUUUGGCAUUGCAAAAUUGUUAGGUGCAGGGGAGGCUUCUUUUGUUCAAACAAGUACAAUUGCAACCAUUGGAUAUAUUGCUCCAGAGUAUGGACAAGAUGGAAUAGUAUCCACUAGUUGUGAUGUUUAUAGUUUCGGCAUUUUGAUAAUGGAGACGUUUACAAGAAUGAGACCAAGCGAUGAAAUAUUUAAUGGAGAAAUGAGCAUACAGCGUUGGGUUAGUGAUUCCUUCCCAAGUGGAAUUCACAAGAUGGUGGAUUCGAAUUUGGUUACGCCAGGGGAAGAACAAAUCGACUCAAAGAUGCAAUGUUUGUUAUCUAUCAUGGAAUUGGCUUUGAGAUGCACUUUAGUGAAACCUGAUGCAAGAAUUAGCAUGAAAGAUGCUCUUUCAACACUUAAAAAGAUUAGGCUCCAACUUGUCAUAAGUUGCUACUAGGUGGAAUAUAAUUGUACCAUAGCCUCUUGUAUGUUGCUUGAUUACAUAUAUGUUGGUUGUGUUAAGGUUAAUUCAGCACAAGUACUUUAAUUCAUUCAAUGACAAUUUGUUGAGGAGG